AGGAAGUCGGCGGUGAGAUAGAGGAGGGGUUGGAGCUAGUCUUGUCGUUUUGCGUUACAUUCUUGACCCUGAAGGCCGGGGCUGAUUGGAUUGCGGCUGAAGGCGAAGGCACCGCGCAGUCCGAGAAGCCAGGUAGAGGGGUACUCUGGCUCGGUUUCCCCAGUCCCAGCGCUUCGUGCCGCAGCACCGGUACAUCAGCAUGGAGAUCCAGGAGGCGGAGGCCGGGGACCGCAGGCGAGAGCACUGGAAGCUGCUGUACAGCCUGAAGACAACAGUGGAGGGGCUGCUGUCCACGAACAACCCCAAUGUGUGGUCUCGCUAUGGCGGCCUGCAGCGGCUGCACAAGGACAUGAACAACAUCCUGAGUCACGGGCUGAAGCACGACCAGGGUGCCUUCCUGCUCAGUGAGCCACACGUCUCAGCCAUGUUUCAGUGCUUGGAGGCGGUGGAGCAGAACGACCCCCGACUGCUGGCCCUGAUUGACACUGGCAGGUUAUCUCACCUGCAGCAGACACCACUGUGUCUGUUGAAGACUCAGGGUCUGUGUGCACUGCCAGGCUUAAGGGACAGAGAGAUGUCCUGCCCCCCACACAUCAAAGUACCCCAACGCCAUAAUGCCACAAACUCCACCCUAAUGGAGAAGGAGAAAGGUGUCUCCUUCUGUCACAGUGUGUCUGGUGCCCCCUGGAUGUGUGGGGUUGGGCAGCAGGAUAGUGCCUCAACUCCCUUGGGGCCCCCCAUGGUCCCCCACAUCUCCCUGACGGAGCCCAGCUCCCCUGCCUGGAUUGGCGAGGGGGGUGAAGGGGUCGAGGCGGGGGAAGCUGACUUUGAUGACGGACCAGAGUACCUGGCCAUCGGUAACCUGGGCCAGCGCCGGCGCCGAGGCUCCGCCAACAACUCCACCACUAGCGACCAGGUGGAGGGCUCUGUUGCCAGGCGUUGCCCCCUAGCCACGUCCCCCCGACGCUCCUCGUUCUCAGAAGGCCAGGGGCCCGACCGGUGUGGAGGGGCCAAGCAGGGGCACGUCCGCUCCCUGUCCGACACCGGGGUCAUGCAGAAACGCAGCAACGCAGGGGGACACAGGAGCAUCACCAUUAUAAUAGAGGACCCUGUGGCAGAGUCAAGGGCCGAGGUGUGUGGAGCGAAAGAGUACAGCGCCUUCUCCCCCCAGAGCAGCGAGGACAGCAGCCCCAGCUCUCUGUAUAUGGAGUCGGAUGGGUCUCAGAACAGCAGCGUUUCUGACGGCAUGUUCCGCCGGCCCUCCGAGGGACAGAGCCUCAUCAGCUACCUCUCCGAGCAAGACUUCGGCAGCUGUGCCGACCUGGAGAAGGAGAAUGCACACUUCAGUAUUUCAGAGUCCCUUAUCGCGGCCAUUGAGCUGAUGAAGUGUAACCUGCGACUGCGUGCUGAGGCAGAGGAGGAGGAAGAGAGUGACUCCGAGAUCCAGCAGCUGAAACAGAAGAUUCGUCUGCGCAGGCAGCAGAUCAGGAAGAGCCGGCAGCAGCCAGCAGUGCAGUCACAGCACACAUUUCCAACUUCUGACAGUGGUGACUCCCAGCAUAGCUCCCAGGAUUCCCUGCACCUCUCUGACUCUGGCUCUGCUGAGGAGGUGGAGGAGUGCGAACUGAGAGAUGGCAGCGAGGGGGGGUCCCUACUGGCGGUGUCGAGGAGUGGACUUUCACUGUCCCUCGCCUCCCUGUUCUCAGGUACCUGCUACUGCCCCUGCCCCUGCACUGCAGAGCACGAUGCCCCUCAGAAGCUCCUGCCCAUCCCUGACUCACUGCCCAUCUCUCCUGAUGACGGCGAACACGCUGACAUCUACAAGCUCCGCAUCCGAGUCCGGGGAAACCUGGAGUGGGCUCCCCCUCGCCCCCAGAUCAUCUUCAACAUCCACCCUGCGCCCAAGAGAAAGGUAGUGGUUGCCAAACAAAACUACAGGUGUGCAGGCUGUGGGACCCGUGUUGAUCCAGACUACAUCAAGCGACUGCGGUACUGCGAGUACCUGGGCAGGUAUUUCUGCCAGUGUUGCCAUGAGAACUCCCAGGCUGUGGUUCCGGGUCGUGUACUGCGCCGCUGGGACUUCAGCAAACAACCUGUCAGCAAUUUUGCCCGUGACCUGCUGGGCAAGAUUGCUGGAGAUCCCCUCUUCAACUUGCAGGACAUCAACAGCGCCCUCUACAGGAAGGUCAAGGCACUGGAGCAAGUCCGGCUCCUGAGGCUCCAGCUGUUCCACAUGAAGAACAUGUUUAAGACCUGCCGUCUGGCCAAAGAGGUGCUGAAUCAGUUCGACUUGGUCCCAGGGCACCUGACAGAGGACCUGCACCUCUUCUCUCUAAAUGAUCUCAGCGCGGUGCGCAGCGGAGACCUGCCCCCCCGGCUACGAGAGCUGCUGCGCCUGGGUUCCACACAUGUCUCGGGCUGCAUGCUGUGCCAGGCGAAGGGCUUUGUCUGCGAGUUCUGUGGGAACGACAAGGACAUCAUCUUCCCCUUCGAGCUGAACAAGUGCCGGCGCUGCGAAGAUUGCAAGGCCUGCUAUCACCGCGCCUGCUUCCGGGGGGAGCGCCCGUGCCCCAAGUGCCAGCGCCUGGCGGAGCGGCGAGAGAGGCUGGCGCGCCGCAACAUGGAGGAGCUGCAGGACGAGGGGGAGGACGAGGGAGGGGGGAAGUAGGCCACCCCUCCGGAGAGAGGUUAGCGGGCUGGUGGGGGGGGGAGAGAGGGGCAGAACGCACAAAGCUCAACUGCAGAGACAGUUGGGUGUGCCCCCCACCCCUCCCCUUGACCCCUUCUGCUAGAUUGCACACACUGGAAUGCAGAGCUGCACUAGAGACUUGAAACUGCGCCCCCUGGCUGCAGCACUGGGGUCCUGCAGUUUUUUUUUUAGCCCCAUCCAAACUCUGCUCUUUUUCCGGACUACAGAGGAAAAAGGAUUCAGGGAGGGGGCAGCUCAUUCCUCCUGGGAUUUUUUUGGGGGGAGGGUGUCCCAACCCCCUGUUGCACACUGUCGCUUGUAUUCGCUUCUGGACCGUACUGGGAAUGUAUUUAUGUUGUCAGGUUGUGCUGCUAGCGUCCACGUGUGGGCUAUGACUGGGCACUGUGCUCUGAGCUCCGCCGAGUGAGGGCAGGGUGGGGCGUCGGGGGUGACAGAGGCACAAUUACUCAGAGUCCGGAGCCGCGGAGCCCCUCCGGAAGAAGAGGCCUCAGUCGGCGGUCGCUCCGGACGAGGAUAGAGACCGCGUCUGUCUCCCUGUCUCAUCUCCGUUCAACUCCGCCGCCAAAGUCGCACUGUCGCAGAGUCUCAUGAAAAGUCGUUUUAUUUUUUAAUUCAUUUUAUUGCUGGUAUUUUUUUUUAAGUGAAGCGAUUUUGGAAUUUGGCUUUGUCUGUCACCAAGUCGUGCUGCAGGGCUGCUGAGGUUCCUCAGAGGAGGCGCCAGUGAAGCUGCCGGGAGCGUCCCCCCUGGGCACCUCUGUGCGCUGGCCUGGGGUGUCCCCCAGGUUAUGAGGGUGAUACCAAAGCUUCUCGACAAAGUCGAGUCCAGUUCCACGGCGAACAAAAUUCCAUCUCCCCUGCAGACAGUGACCUGAUUUUGGGUGUGAGAAUUGUCCAUGCGUCACUGCCUCUGAAACACCGUCUUUAGUAUUUAUAAGGUCUUCCACACUGUCAGCGAGCUGUGCUCUCCCUCUGCGCCCUCCUGCCUUGGUGCUACUUUGUGGGGCGAUUGUGUCUGGAGACAGCCCUCGGCCUGUAAGGAGUGCGAACAGGAAAGGGGAGGGGGAGGGAAGGGCUGUUUGAGCUGAAGCGUGGAGGACGUCCUGCCUGCACUAUCAGAAAACCGUCCUGUUUGACAAUUGAGAUUAUUAAAAGAUGUGGUAACUGAAAAAAAU